UAUUAAACACACCCCAUGAAACUUCUUGACAAAUGAAGAACUGUCAAAACAAAAACAGUCCUACCAACGUUACGUCUCUUUCUUUUUCCGGUCGCCAAAAUGGGUAUUGAUAUUUGCCAUAAAUACGAUCGUAAGGUUCGUCGGACUGAACCAAAGUCCCAGGAUGUAUACCUACGUCUGCUUGUUAAGUUGUACCGUUUCUUGCAACGCCGCACUAACAAGAAAUUCAAUCGCAUCAUUCUAAAGCGUUUGUUUAUGAGCAGAAUUAACAGGCCACCAAUGUCUUUACAACGUGUCACUCGCUUCGUCAAGAAGGCCAAACAACCUGAAUCAACCGUAGUUGUUGUUGGUACUAUCACUGACGAUGCUCGUCUUCUUGUUGUACCAAAGAUGACAGUAUGUGCUUUACAUGUUACACAGAAAGCACGUGAACGUAUCUUAAAAGCCGGAGGUGAAGUAUUGACUUUCGAUCAAUUGGCUUUGAAAGCACCCACAGGCAAGAAUACUUUGUUGUUGCAAGGAAAACGUACGGCACGCACUGCACACAAACAUUUCGGUAAAGCACCUGGUGUGCCACAUUCACACACUCGCCCAUACGUACGAUCAAAGGGACGUAAAUUUGAACGUGCCCGUGGACGUCGUUCAAGCUGUGGUUACAAGAAGUAAACUUAUUUAUAGAAGAUUGGCGAUCAUUAUUUAAACGCAUUGAAAAAAAUUUUUAAGUGCAAGACAACAAACAUCUUGAAUAAAAUGAAAGCUUUUUUUUAGUUCCAAAAAGU